ACUCCAUAGCCAGUCAGUUCGCGUUUCGAAUCCCAGGCGCUCGCUUCAUUUCAAAAUUAAUUUCCCGUUCAAAUCGAGUUUCGGUCGAGUCGAUCACGCACGCACACCACUGGUUGCGAUUGUUGCACACCAAGAAGCAAAAGAGGAAGAGGGUCGUGUUCUUCUGCCGAGACUGAAGAGCGAAGAGUGUGUUUUUUUGUUAUGGUUCAGUGUCGGGACAGUUGAUUAUUUUAUUUGUUUUUUUUUUUGGUUGAAAAAUGUUGGUUUUUGAGAACCCGACUUCGCACCACCAAAAGGAGGCAUUGACCUCUAACUCAGGCCAUUUAGUAAAAGUUACUACUAAAAACGGACCUAUUAUAUCUAGAACCUCUUUGAACACAUAUAGCCAGCCCUUGCUUAGCCAAGACCCGCUUAUAUCAUCAGAUCAUCACUAUGGAUCAUCGCACUCGAGCACCUCCUCCUCAUCCCGUCACCAACAUUUAACCUCCAGUUAUCGCAAUGGGAUAUCCAGAAGUGCAUUUUUCAGUUCCGACCUUCCACAUCUAGAAACCUCCAAAACCACCACGAGAUUGAACCUCAACGGAUCCGCACUUUCUACUCCAGUCACGCCCAUGGUGGACUCUCUGCCUACUAUUAACAAUAACACCCAUAAAAACCAUCAUGAGGUUACCAACAAUAAUAAGGAGGAAGUUUCAUUUCCUCUUACACCCACCGAGGCUCUUCGUCUCUACGGGAAUCGACUAACAGAAUAUGAAAAGACUGAAAUAGAAAAAUACUCGAAAAUCUGGUACUUGGGACUAAAUGCAUGUAAAAUACAUGGGGAAAACAUGGGAUCUCAGAAUGGCGGAUAUGACGACGAGAGCGGCAGCUAUAAUAAGGUUCUCCACGAUCAUAUCUGCUACAGAUACGAAAUCCUAGAGGUUAUCGGCAAAGGUAGUUUUGGACAAGUGAUCAGAGCGCUGGACCACAUGACCAACAAACACGUGGCCAUCAAAAUAAUCAGGAACAAGAAGAGAUUCCACCAUCAGGCUUUAGUGGAGGUCCGGAUUCUGGAUCAUUUGAGAAAAAAGGACAAGGAGAGCAACCAUAACGUUAUCCAUAUGCUAGAGUAUUUCUACUUUAGGAACCAUUUGUGUAUUAGUUUCGAAUUAUUAAGUCUAAAUCUGUACGAGCUUAUAAAGAAGAACAACUACCAAGGCUUCAGUCUAAAUCUAAUUAGGAGAUUCGCCAACUCCUUAUUAAAAUGCUUAAGACUCCUACAGAAAGAAAACAUCAUUCAUUGCGAUCUCAAACCGGAAAACGUCCUACUCAAACAACGAGGCAGCAGCUCCAUUAAAGUGAUAGACUUCGGAAGUUCUUGCUACUCCAACCAGAGAGUCUACACCUACAUCCAGUCUAGGUUCUACAGAUCUCCAGAAGUUAUUUUGGGUUUGACCUACGGUACCUCCAUUGACAUGUGGAGCUUAGGUUGUAUUUUGGCGGAAUUAUAUACAGGUUACCCACUGUUUCCUGGAGAGAAUGAAGUGGAGCAGUUGGCUUGUCUCAUGGAAGUACUAGGAACUCCUCCAGAUGAUAUCAUUAGCAUCGCAACCAGAAGAAGGUUAUUUUUUGAUUCUCGAGGAAACCCACGUUGCAUAACCAACUCGAACGGCCGCAAGAGAAAACCGGGAAGCAAGAACCUCGCCAUGGUACUACGUUGUAGCGACGUACUCUUCAUAGAUUUCGUUUCAAGGUGCUUAGAAUGGAACCCAAAACGUCGCAUGAGCCCAGCAGAAGCUCUUUACCACUCGUGGAUCCUUUCCGGCUCUUCGCGUCAGAAUAAAUCGGGAAGCGAGCUACGUCACAGCCAUUCGGAAGUAAAUGUGGCUAACGAGAGCCACUCAUCGUCCAGCAGCAUUUCCGGAAGCAGCCACUCCCGUACUCAUUACAAAUCAUGCGUGCAACGGGUACAAAAGAGCGACACCGUCCGCGCGAAAAUCAUCGAUACCCGGACCCACGACGGUUCCACUCAUCAUAGUAAAUUGGACUCGAAUUUAAACGAUUCCGGUACUUUUUUGCCUCCCAUACUAUAGUUUAGAAGUAGUAUGGUCUAGUAUAAACUAUUAAUAGUUGGUAGACCUGUAUUGGUUUGUUGGUAGGAAUGUGUGACCAAAUUACUGCCAAAUAGUGUAAGAUAUAGGAUCACAGGAAAUUUGGUAUGAGGCUCUUUGCAGUCGAGUUUGAAUAGGCUUAGUUUGCAUAAUAAGGACUUGAUUGGAUUUGGUUAUAUAUAGGGGGUUUGAUGGGGUUCAUUUUGUUUAAAAAAAGGUCCUGUUUUUAAGAGCUUCCUUAAUAAUUAAAAGUCGCUAUAAACUUUAUUUAUCUCUUUUUCUGUUCGUCUGUAAUCACUAUCAAUUCGAAAUAUCUUGUACUUCCAAAAAAAAACUAGGAAGUUAAUGAAAUAUACGUCUUGAACUCUUUUUAAUUAAGAUGGUAUUUUUCGCCUAAUUAUUAUCAGAUCAAAAACUGAGAUUACUAGGUAAACCUACAGAGUGGAAUUAACGUUUUAGCUGGAAUAAAUUAGGUCUUAAAAAGCCGUUUUAUUUGUCAAAAAAAUUAUGAUAAAUACGGUUAUUUUUGUUUUAGUUCGAUUCUAUACUUUCGUUAAAUGUAUCCCUUUUGAGGGUUAAAACUGUUCACAGCUUUAGCAUAAACGCCUAACAUAUCUAUAUAAUAAAAUUUCAUUUUGACCGUAUGCUAGCAAUGAAAUUUCACUAUAAAUUAGGAUAUUUUUUUCCACGAGUUCUCAAUUUCAAGCGACCUAGUUGAAAUUUUUGAGUAUUGCAGCCUGAAGGACAGUGAUAUAAUAUACUAAAGAAUAAUAAUUGUAUAGAGGGACUGUCACUAUAAAUGAACUAGAGUAAGUUUUUUUUUAAUUAACGAAUAAUAAUCGUACCUAUCUAACCAGCUAGCAAUGACACGUAAAAAUUUCGUUAUAAUUGGGUCAUGAUGGGUUAUAUGACAAGAUGUUAAAACAUAAAAAUAACUUUAUGUGACGAAAAACUACAAGUUUGGUGAAAAGUUUCGGAAGUUAUAUUAAGAUUAAGAAUUGGUUACAUGUGUUUCGCCCCUAAAGCCAUUAUCACGAGUAUCCAUAGGGUUCACAUCUUAAAGUUGCUUUUUUUUUGAAAAUGUAAAUUUUAGAUGCUAUUCAUCAGGUCUGAUGAUGCCUUAGGGGCGAAACACAUGUAACCAAUCCUGAUCUUAAUAUAACUUUGAGCGUUUGAGUAAACUUGUAGUUUUUUGUCAUAAGUAAGUCUCUUUAAGAAAAAAUGUGAAUGUAAUAUGAUGGAAAACUUGAAAAAUUUAAACAGAAUAUGUAACUGGCAGUAAACUACUCUCAAAAAUAUUUUAAAAUAGUUAUUGCUACUGAUAUAAUGCCAAGCUUAAGUAAAAGAAUAAUUUGUUAAUUAGUAUACACCACAGUAAAAAUGUAAACUCUCAUAGGGUACAACUUGUCAGACAUUUCAUCAGGUUCCUCGCCAUUAAAGAGGGAUUUAUUAAAAAGGCCUAAAGUUUCAUAAAGUAGCCAAAAAUUAUGCAUUUUCAUAGGGAUAACCAUUUUGAGUGAACCAGGGCUAUAUUUCACUAUUUUCGCUUUCUAUUCACUAUUAUCGCGCUGUCAUGGACUUGCACUAAUUGUGUUACCUAUUACUAUUGCAAACUUAAAUUAGGUUCUGAAAUAAUUGUUAUUUCGAGUUGCCAUAUAUAUUUGCAAUUAUUAUAUUUUAAUUGAUUAUAAAAACAAUCCCGGGAAAUGUUAUGAAUUAGUGCUCGUCGGGCCACAUAUAUGUACUAAAGUCUUUGGACAAGUUUUAAAUAUUAAUUUUUAUUUUUGAUAUAAUAUGUUUAAUAAUGUAUUUAUAAGUAAUUAAUUAAAUCAAAUUAUGAUAAUAGAUACCAAUGACAAAAAAUGUCAUAAAAAUAAUUAUCUUACUUUGAGGUCAUCAUCUUGUGAUUUUUGAACCACUGACGUGCGAAUUAUUGAACGAAUCAGUAAUUUGCUGUUACCACCAUUUAAUGACGUCAAUGCGAUGAGCCCUUGCUAGCUGGGUAUUAUUAAGCUUAUUUAAUUAUUAUGUACUAAAGCGUUAUCUCUUAGUUUAAAAAUAUUUCUAUAUAUAUUCCAGUUGAAAAAAUCUACCCUGUAUAAAUAAAAAUUCAGUAAAUGAACAAAAUUAAUAAGUAAAUGUGGAGCAAAACAAUGGACUUUUUGCAUGGUUAAAAAACAAAAAUUUGAACUUCCGGUACAUCAAAUUCCCUUAUCAAUAGGUGUAGCUAAGUGUAACUAAAACAAUGACAAUAUAGUACGAUAUCUCUUCCUCUAAUACCCUACAGUGGUCUAAAAUAGUUGAAAAAAAGGCCAAAAAAGCACGAUCUCUUGAAGACCAACUAGUUUUAUUAUUCCUAGAUCGUAUUUAUGUUGCCGUAAGUUUUUAUUUUGAUAAUUUCGUGAUUUUCUUUAGGAAUAGGUUUUUUACCCUGUAUAUAUGUAUGUGAUCUGGAUUGAUCUGUUUCACUAAUUUUUUUUAUGACAUUUAACCCAUUGUAUCGUGACUGACCCCAUUAUAGCUUAUAGUUGAUUACUAUUAACCCUUUUAUUUAUCUUAUUUAAGGGGUAUAGAAGGGCUUCGCUUCUAUAUCGGAUUUCUGUACAUAUAUUUCAAUAAUUAUAUUCUGUAUGCAAUA